AUGGAGAAUCUUACAUAUAACAGCAUGAUUUUGCAAUUAGAAGGACUUAAGGUGUCGGAGCAAUCCAUGUACCCUGUUUUUCUAUUCUUCCUCAUAUUCUAUGUGAUUAUUUUGGUAACCAACAUUGGAAUAUUCGUUCUAAUAGCUGUACACAGAAGCCUACAUGAACCCAUGUACAUUCUCUUCUGUAACUUGCCCUUUAAUGAUGUACUUGGCAACUCCAUCAUGAUACCUCGGCUGUUGGUGGACAUUUUAAGGCCAUCAUCAGAGCGCUCUAUCAGUUAUGUUGAGUGUGCUAUUCAAGCAUUCUGUUCGCACACUUAUGGCACAACCUCUCAUACCAUUCUAAUGAUCAUGGCUUUUGACAGAUAUGUGGCCAUAUGUGAUCCACUUCGCUACACCACAAUUAUGACUAACAAAAUGGUGAUCGCAUUAUCAGCUUCAGCCUGGGGUGUGGCAAUAUUUUUUAUCUCCAUCUUGUUAGGCCUUACUUAUAGGCUUAACCGUUGCAGAACAUUCAUUUCAAAUCCUUUUUGUGAUAAUGUAACUUUGUUCAAGUUGUCUUGUGAAGAUGUGUCUGUCAAUAAUUUGUAUGGGCUAAUAUUCACAGUACUGCUGUUUGUCUCCUCCAUGGGAAGUAUUGCACUAACAUACAUUAAAAUAACUGCUGUCUGCUUAUCAACAAAGAGCAAAACUUUGAACAGCCGGGCAUUGAAAACCUGCAGCACUCACUUGGCUGUCUAUUUGAUCAUGCUCAUGAGUGGGUUUAUUAUUAUAUUACUGCACCGCUUUCCUGCCUAUGCAGAUUACAGGAAAAUAUCUGCCCUGCUCUUCCACAUCGUUCCAAGCAUUUUGAAUCCUCUCAUUUAUGGCCUGCAGUGCACUGAGAUCAGACAUGUCCUCAUACAGGUGCUGUGCUCAAAGAAAGUAAGGCCAUAA